CCACUUGUCCCAAAGCGGCACUCGUUUUCAGCUACCUGCCCAAUAAUCCUCGCAACUUGACUAUUCGCUCCCAACCCGGCCCAUCGCUGCGAUACAUCCACUUCUCUGCGAUACUCCCGACUUCUCUGCUUCAGCUAUCGUGACCUCGCGCCUCAGCCGGAAUGUUCAUCUACAACGUGCAUACCCCUUCAAAGACGUUUGCCCUCAUACACAAAGAGGACGAACCCCACCAAAAACUUUUCGAUCGGAUAUAUACCAAAGCGGGUCUAAAGGAAGAGGACAAGUCCAAGACGGGAUUGGUUUACGAGUACAAGGGAUCGAGAUGGAGUUUGGACGACGAUGAAGAUCUCCACAUUCUCCUUUCGCGGUACCCGCCCUCCUCGACACCAUCAGUCACCCUCCAUCUCACCCACCCGUCUGGUGGUGAUGCCAGCGGUCAUUCAUACAUCCAGAGCCAGAGCCAGACUCGGGGGAAAGCGCUGGGUAAAGCGCCGUCUCAGGCGCGGGCGACCAAGUCGACCGGGAUGAACGGGACGAACCAGACUUUGAGCCAGAAUGAAAGCAACGAUGGGGACGUCCUCCCCCCUGCGUACGCCACCUCUCCCACCGCCAAGACCACCGCCGCUACCAGCACCACCCCCGCUGCGGCUGCCACUACCCCCAAGGCCAAGACCAAGGCAAAGAGCAAGUCCCAAGCGGAAAAGGCGCGAGCCAAGUCGGUGUUGGACAGCAACACCCGCGCCAACGCUCAGAACCUUAGUGCCGGUACUGGUUCCGAUACCGGUUUUGUGCGGCACGGACUCGAGGACGAAACGCUUUCAGAGGGUACCGCCUUCCUCGCACCAGCGCCCAAGAAGAAAUUGGAAGGUGAAUACCACCUCGCUUCUCCCGUUCCUCCUUACACUUCCGACCUUCCCGCCAACCCCGCCGAUCGCGACGGUGCUUCCUCCGCCUCCGCCCCCGGGCAGAGCUACCCUGCCUCAGCCUACGUCGCAGGCGGUGCCGCAGACAGACCGAAAUCCAGAGCUCGAAGCGUCUAUUCGACAGUCUCCCGAAAAUCAAAGUACGGUGAUCCCGAUGCGGAACCUCUGGGAGAUGUGAAAAGGAGAGAAUGGCACGAGUUUCAUGGGAAUAACGGGGUGAGGACUGUGAUAGGAAAAGUUGGCGAUGUGCCUAACGUGCGAAUGCUCCUCAAAUCCGGCCAUCGCCAGAUCUACCUCUCCCGCCAAUUCGCCAUCAAACACGGCUUCCUCCCCAAAAAAUUCGGAGCCGCCAACGGCGGUUUCGCCUACGCCGGUAUCUUGCCCCUUCCCGGGCCGAUCACGUUGACCAUCGGGUCAAGGACAUCGGCCCACAAGGCGUAUGUGACGGAGGAGAACAAGUUUGAUGUGAUUCUGGGAAGGGCGUGGAUUGAAAAGAUGGGUGUAAAGAUCGAUCCCCUCGACCAGACCAUCCUCACUUAUAUGGAUACAGGCGAACCGAUCGCGUGUGAUGUAGUGGUCCUCAAGGAUGAAAAGGGGGAUAUCAUCACCAUCACUUGAAAGAAAACAAGCAAGACUGGCGAAAUGGGGGGUACAAAAAAGAAAGCCGAGAUGAAAACUUGGAGAUGAAACCGGAGAUCGAUACCGCGAUCAAUAUACCAUAUUGUAUUGUAUCUGUGGACUUUUUUAUUAUUUUAAAUACCUCCUCCAGCAAUCUUUAAUCGUUUUAUCGACGCUUUGUUUCUUUUUCCUUUUUUUUUCCUUUUCCGUUAUUUUUUUUUGGUUUGGAUUCUUUCCCUUUUGCUUUCGCUUUCGCUUUGCUCUUGGCGGUCUAGUGUUUUGGCGUUGAAGCUAAAGUUGGGGAGGGGAGGAUAGUUUGGUACGUGUCGUACAUGCAUGACAUGGGAAAAAGAGUGAAAAAGGGGGACUACAAGAUUGAAACAACAAUGGUCAAUGGUGAAUUACCAUUAUGCAUAGCUAUAAAAC